AUGAAAGAUGAAGAAACCAAAACUACAGCACCAAAUGCUACUGCCCAGAAAGAGGGAUUUUGCGGUGGAUUGUUUGGUAGAGGCAGAUACAAGAUUUGGGUUUUGGGUGCAAUAAUAUUGCUUGCACUUUGGUCUAUGUUCACUACCUCUGUUACUCUCAAGUGGUCUGCUGUUAAUCUUAAACACUCUUCAGAUGCCUUGGACUUAACCAUCCAUGGCGAUCUUGACGUUCUGGAUCUCGAUGAAAGGGAAAAGAUGGUUAGACACAUGUGGGAUGUUUACAGUCACAGUUCUAACAUUAGGCUGCAAAGUUUUUGGAGGGAAGCUUUUGAGGCAGCUUAUCAGGACUUGACCAGUGAGGUUGCCAGCAUCCAGGAUGCCGCCAUUUCGGAGAUUGCCAGGAUGUCCUUCCUGUCCAGGGAUAUAUAUGAAUCACCUCCUGUUCAAUCAACCAGUACAUCAAAGAAUGAAGUUACACCAAGAAGAUUGUUGAGGAAGACAUGA